AUGAAGAACAUGUCUCUUUCUUCAUUCUUGCAGUUGACAACAUUUUUCUACGAGUUUUUCCGAGAAGUUAUAGCUCUGAGAAGACAGUUGAUUAACCAAUAUUGGGAGGAAGACGCCGAAGUGGCGGCUGCCCCAUUACAGAUGCAUGAUCAACGAUUCUUCGUUCCAAUUCUCUCCGAUAAGAGAUCGAUAGACCAGAAGAUUCGUAGCCUGAAGGAACGCACUGCAAACGGUCAAUUCAAGGGAAUCUUGUUCGGAAGAAAGAAGUAG